ACCAAUAAUGGUGUGGGAAUCAAGGAUUAUUAUGUCAUGUUGAUGUUUUUGUAUGUUCUAAAUCAUUCAAAUUAUUCCAACAUUCAAACUAUUUUUCGAUUAAAUCGCCGGGUUUUUGAACCUUGCAGAAACCAGAAAACUUUGAUUCUGUUCUCUCUUUUCCAGAAGCUAAUUGUUAUACUUGGGUUGUAAGAAAAAUUGGAGGAUAUGUCAAGUAGCUCAAGGGGAGAUGGAGAAAACUCCAUUGAUGUUGAGGAACUCUUGGAGAUCGAAACAAGAUGCAGAGAGUACUCGCUGCCGACACAUGCCCAAAUAUAGAUAUGAGGAUAUGAGUAUGACCCUCUACGGACUGUUGAAUUAUGUGGAAAAACUUAGAAAGAGUGAACAUAACGAGUCUUAGUAACAUAGCUACGGAAAGAAAAAGACAUGUUGAAAGAAUCACAACCUCAGGGCUUUGAACUGAUUAGGGGACUAGAACUACAUGUGAAGUCUCUAUCAGAAGCUUGUACCCAAGACAAAAAACAUAUUCAAAAAUUGGAAAGAGAGCUAAAAAAUUGCUCUCAAGAAAUUGAUUACCUGCAGGAUCAACUAAGUGCAAGGAAUGAAGAGGUCAAAUUUCUAAAUGACCAUGUGCAUGACCUUGAGAUCAAAUUAGUAGACAUGGAAGAUUUACGGGAGAAAAUUGAUCAUUUGAUAGGGGAGUUGAACAGCUCGAACUCUGAGCGGUUGUUACUAAUGCAGGAAAUAGAGAACAAAGAAGAAGAGCUGCGACAGUCAGCUUUGUGCAUAGAGAAAUUGGAGGAAUCGGUUUCAUCUAUGGCACUGGAGUCCCAGUGUGAAAUAGAGAGCUUGAAGCUUGAUAUAACAGCAUUGGAGCAAAUGUCUCUUGAAGCCCGGAAGUCCGAGGAAGAAAAUGCUCAAGAAAAUUCCCAAAUGAAUGUUUUAAUUGAAGAGCUCGAGGUCCAGCUUCAGAAUGCACAUGAAAUUAUUGAAGCAUUAGAGAAAGAAAAUAAAGCGCUAAGUGGAAAGCUCAUUGCAUCUGAAAAAAAUGCUAAGAUAUUCUGUCAAAACAUCAAGCAAUGGCUGAAAAGCAAGGACAGAUCACAACUCGAUACGGACGCUGUCUUUGGUGAACCAGAAAGCAUUAUUACAAUAUCAAAAGAUACAAGCGGCUGCAAAGAACUCUUUGGUGCACUACUUUCAGACGUGGCCUUAGUGCUGGAAUCUGAUUCCAACUCAAAGGAGCAGAUCAAAAGCAUGUCGGAUCAGAUAAAUGAAUAUGAACUCUUAGUGAAGCAGCUUAAGGAAGAACUGAGAGAGCAAAAGUUAAAAGCAAAGGAAGAAGCCGAGGAUCUAGCACAAGAAAUGGCUGAGCUGAGGUACCAGAUGACAGGCUUGCUUGAAGAAGAGUGCAAGCGCCGUGCGUGUAUUGAGCAAGUAUCUUUACAGAGAAUAGCUGAGUUGGAGGCACAGAUUCAAAAAGAGCCCCGAAAUUCAAUGGCUGUUGUUAGACAUCUCCGGGAAUCAUAGGGAUUGGCUGUGGUGAGGAUUGUUGAUGUCCAUUAAUUUGAGACUAAGUCAGAGAAACACUAUUCGAUGGUUAACCUGAGGAAAGAUGUAUGUGAUUUUCAUGAUAAAGGUUCGGGGAAGGAUGAUACGGCAGUAUGAAGUAGCCAAAUAUACCAAGCUGGUUAUGCUGUGAGGGUCCAAAGCUACAGAUUUGCGUCGAAGUUCUUCACUUUCUUGUACAGAUUUCAGCAAUGAAAAGUUGUUAGUUUUCGGAUUACAUUCAAAGAAAAUUGACUGCAUCCAGAUCUGGUUAAAACUGUGCUGGACCAUAUUAUGUUUUGUAAGAUCAAGCACUGAAUUGAGCGAAAUUGUUCGGAUUUAUUGUCCAAAUCUUGGUUAUCAAGUUAGUCCUACGUUGGUGACAAUUUUCAGACAUGAGUAUGCUCUGACUCAGGUAUGUAUCAUUCAACUUUUGUCGAGUUGGUUCCAGAUUUCGGAGGAUCAUACCCUGUACUUUAUCCAAAUAUAUGGUUUUUCUUCUGUUGAGGGUAUAAUUCCAAAGUUACCUAAAACUAUAUAAAUGCUUAUCUGCACAAGCAAAAGUCACCUGAAAUACAAUGUAAAGAAGCUACAAUUCCUUGUCACGUUCAUAGUUGGUUCUUCCUUGAAGUUUCAUCAA